GUUUGUCUGGCAGGCGAGGACAAGUCUCGUCCGGCAGCUUCAACAUCGCCUGGUGGUCUUUCUACUCUUCCUCAGACUCUCUCCCUCCUCCGCGCCCGUCGCCCUGCACACCUCUGGACCCAACCUCCAGACAUGACCACAGACGACUUCGCCGCUCUCCAGCCAAAGAAUGCCCCUCGUGGCAGCGAGGCCUUUGAGGCCAAGCGCGCCGCCAUCCUCCAAGCAUUCCAGGACAAGGUUCCGCCCGAGUACCGCCUCCCCAGAGACAUCAUCGAAAAUGCUCCUCUCGACGUCUCGGGCAUCCCCGCCACGUGCGGCAUCCUGACUGCCGACGAGAUAGCCAUCACGCAAGACUACGACGCCUUCGGUCUUGCUGCAGCCAUUGCCACACGCAAGCUUACCGCUCUGGACGUUGCCGUCGCCUUUGCCAAGCGCGCCAUCGUCGCUCACCAGCUGACCUGCUGCCUCACCCAAUGGUUCAUGGACGAGGCUGUCGCCCAGGCAAAGCAACUGGACGCGUAUCUGGCCGAACAUGGCAAGCCGAUCGGGCCCCUUCACGGUGUGCCCGUUAGCAUCAAGGACCACAUCCCCAUCGCGGGGACCGCUUCCUCCAUGGGGUGUCUCUCUUCCAUCGUCCUGGACAAGCAAGACUGCCAGAUGGUCGGUAUCCUGCGUCGUCUCGGCGCCGUCUUCUAUUGCAAGACCAACCAGCCUCAGACACUCAUGCAUCUCGAGACAGACUCGCUUUGGGGCCGAACAAUCAACCCCUUCAACACCCACCUCUCGGCCGGGGGCUCCACGGGAGGCGAGGCUGCUCUGAUUGCCAUGAAAGGCUCCGUCCUCGGUGUCGGCACAGACAUUGGCGGCAGCAUCCGCGGACCUGCGGCCUUCUGCGGCAUUUAUGGCUUCAAGCCCACCUCAUACACCCUACCCAUGCAAGGUUUCCUCACCCCUCCCUCCCUUGCCGAGCUGAAUGUUCUAUGCUCUACCGGCCCAAUGUGCCGUAGCCUGAGGGACAUGGACCUAUUCAUGAGAGGUAUUCUGGCCUAUCAGCCACACCUCUUGGAUCCCAGGCUCGUGCCCAUCCCAUGGACUGGCUUGCAGACGGCCCCGAAAAAGGUUCUCAAAAUUGGCAUUAUCGAGAAUGAUGGCUUCGUUGAGCCUCAGCCUCCUGUCAAACGGGCGCUGGCCUGGGCCCGGAAGCUCCUCACAGACUCUCAAAAUGCUGGUCUCGUUGAGGUGAAGCCAUUCAGGCCUUUUGGUGCCGCCGAGGCUUGGUGCAAGAUCAGGCGUAUGUACUGGCCUGAUGGCGGUUCUGGCUCUCGCGGCGCCAUUCUCUCGACAGGCGAGCCUCUGCAUCCUCUGAGUGAAUGGAUCUGGAAGGAUGCCGAGUCCUCAGGCAUGCUCACAGCGGCCGACGUCAGCAAUAUGCGUGGUGACCGGGACGAUUUUCGCCUCGCCUUUGCCCGUGACUGGGAGGAGCAGGAUGUCGACGUGGUCCUUGGUCCGGCCUAUGUCGGCCCAGCCUGCGCCCACGAUACGGCCUUCACGUGGACCUAUACAUCGCUCUACAACUUUGUGGACUACCCAGGCGUCGUCUUCCCUACCCCAAUCGUCUCGCAAGCUGGAGAAAGAUAUGAUUCUGGCUACACUCCUCUUAGCGAUGCUUGCGAACAGGCCAAGCAGCUCUGGGAGGAUACUAACUUUGAGGGCGCUCCCAUCAACUUACAGCUAGUUGCGCGCAAGUAUCACGAUAACGAGCUCUUUGGAGCUCUUGCCAAGCUCAAGGGUAUUUUAGAGUUACAGUAGAAUAAUGACGUAUUGCCAUGCGCGAC